AUGGAGGCACUAGACUCCGUACGCGAUUACCUGUCGGUCCUCUGGGACGCCCGUCCCGCCACCAUCGCUGCCGCUCUGGGUUCCACCUGGAUCGGGUGGCAGUUUCUCAAGACAUUCCGAUCAUGGUGGCGUCUACGACACUUUCCCGGCCCGCGCUUCGCAUCCUUCUCGUACCUGUGGGGCUAUCGCAAGAUGACGACGGGUGAGAUGCACCACAAGCUGGCAGCAGAGCAGGAAAAGUAUGGCAAGAUUGUUCGCAUCGGUCCCAAUGAGCUCAUGGUCUACGACUCGGAAACACUCUGGCACAUCAACUCGGUUCGCUCCGAGUAUCCCCGCGGUGCCUGGUAUGGCAGCAUCCAGUUCGACCCCUAUGGCCACAGCGUGCUCUCCGAGCCCGACACGGCACUCCACGACAAGCGCAAGGCCAAACUCAUGUCUGGCUACUACGGCAAGGGCCGCACCGACCUCGAGGAGGACGUCAACACCAUGAUUGCCGAGCUUGUCAACGUGAUAAAGACGAACUACGCCGACAAGGACAAACAACUCGACUUCGCCCUGCUCAUCCGCUUCUUCCAGGUUGACCUUGUCACUGUGGCCGGUUCUGGCAAGCCUUGGGGCGAUCUCAAGCACGAAAAGGACAACUUUGACUUUAUUGGCAUCGCCGACACAUUUGUGCCUUUUCUGCACGCCUUUAUGAUGAUUCCGGCACUUCGCGACUUCUUUGCGUCUCAGUUCUUCCUCAAGCUUGCUGGCCCGAAGCCCACAGACGCCAAUGGCAUGGGCAAGUAUCUAGGCAUUGUGAAACAGACAGUUGCAGAAAGAUUCGCUGGCGACUACAAGGACAAGCAACAUGGUGACAUGCUGGACGAAUGGAUGAAGAACGGCCUUACUCAGAGAGAGUGCGAACUGGAACUGGCUAUUCAGGUACCGGCCGGGUCUGAGACAUCCACGACAGCCAUCCGCAGCAUUAUGCUCUACAUACUCUCAAGUGCUCGCGUCCACGGAAAGCUCAAGGAAGAAAUCGCGCAGGGUAUCCGAGAGGGUCGGAUUUCCAGCCCCAUUACCCAGAACGAGGCUAGGAAUCUGCCGUAUCUCCAGGCUGUCAUCUACGAAGGCAUCCGCAUGGUUCCUCCCGCCAUCACUGGCUUUCCCAAGCAGGUGCCGCCGGGUGGCGACACCAUCUGCGGCAAGUUCGUUCCUGGCGGCACCGAUAUCUUCGUCAACCUGUGGAGCAUGGUUCGUGACAAGGAAGUCUUUGGCUCCGACGCCGACGUUUUCCGGCCCGAGCGAUUCAUUGACUGCGACGAGGCUACCAAAGCCCGCCUGGUCAAACAGGUCGACCUAGCAUUUGGCCAUGGUCGCUGGCUAUGCCCCGGCAAGACUCUGGCCUGGCUCGAGCUCAACAAGGUCUUCGUCGAGCUGCUCCGCACAUUUGACUUUCAGGUUGCAAACCCGGAGAAGCCCUGGCACUGCAGAGGCUACUCAAGCUUCAUGAUUGAUGACUUUUACUUGCGCGUGAGCACGGACGAGAGGAUGCCGCAGUGA